UAGACAAUGCUAAUGCAUGGGUUCACUGGUUUCAUCUUUGUAAGACAAUGCGUUACCCACCACCUGGCUAUUACAAGGACCUCGUUUUUCCCACAAGAUUUCUAAUUCCAAUGCGCUUCAAUUAUUCGGUUGCCGCUUCUUGUGAUGUUGAAUCAAACCCAGAAGCUGCAAUUGUUGUUGAGAGGAAUGUGGUUAGUUUGGGUAAAAACAGAAGUGGAUUAACUGGAAUGGAAGAGAGGCUAAGAGGGUACUUGAGUAUGCUGCAUAUUUGUGCAUUGAAAGGUUCUUUGAAUGAGGGAAAUGCAGUUCAUGGGCAUGUGAUCAAGUAUGGUAUAAACCCAGAUGCCCAUUUGUGGAAUUCAUUGGUUAAUUUUUAUGCCAAGUUUGGGAGUCACUGAUGCGGGCGUCGAGUGCUCGACAAUAUGCCCAAACGGGACGUUGUUUCUUGGACUGCUCUAAUUGCAGGACUCAUAACUGAUGGGUAUUGCAGGGAUGGUUUGAGUUUUUACUGUGAUAUGAGAAAAGAUGGCGUUAGGCCGAAUGGGUAUACCUCUGCUACUGUCUUGAAAGGUGGUCCAAUGUGUAUGGAAAUGGG